GUGUACACGAACCCCCAUACUCGGUCAGCUCUCUGUAUAUAUAGAGUGGACUAAAACUGCAUUCUCAUCAUCAAACCUAACAAAUCUUUUUAUCACUCUCCUUUAUCAUCCUUUGCCAUGGACAGCCAUCUUUCCUUUCCACUUGUUUUCACUUUCUUGAUCUUCAUAAUUUUCUUGUUUAAGUUAUUAUGGAGAAAACCCAAGUAUCUAAAUCUACCGCCAGGGCCAUCGAAGCUACCUAUAAUCGGCGGCUUCCACCAUUUAUUUGGUCCGCCACCCCAUCACUGUUUAACCAACUUGGCUAAGAAAUAUGGACCUAUUUUCCAAAUUCAACUCGGUGAGAAUUCUAAUAUUGUAAUUUCUUCUGCAGAAAUUGCAAAAGAAAUUAUGAAAACCCAUGAUAUAAUUUUUGCUGAUAGACCUUUUAUCCCUUCUUCUUUUCAAGCAACUUAUGAUGGAACAGACAUAGCUUUUGCUCAAUAUGGAGACUAUUGGAGACAAUUACGAAAGAUUUGCACGACAGAGUUAUUGAGUGUUAGUCGUGUGCAGUCGUUCAGAUCAGUAAGAGAAGAAGAAGUAUCAAAAUUAAUAAGCUCGAUUGCUUCUAGCGCUGGAUCUGCAAUAAACCUAAGCCGAAUGAUUGAAACUUUAAUGUUUAGUAUUAUUUCGAGAGCGGUUUUUGGUAAAGUAUGUAAAGGAGAAGAAGUAUUUGUGCCAACUAUAAGGAAAUUAACUGAAGCGACUACUGGUUUUAAUCUUGUUGAUUUAUACCCUUCUAAUAAAUUGGUUCAAAGAAUGAGUAUUGGGUUGCCUAUAAUAAAAAGACUUCAUUCAGAGGUAGACAAGAUAAUCCAAGACGUGGUUGAUGAGCAUAGAGCUAGAAAGCAAGCUGGAAAAAUUGUUGCAGAGGGUGAAGAAGAAGAUCUUGUCGACGUCCUUCUGAAUCUUUUGGAGAAAGGAGACCUCGACUUCCCUUUGAGCACCGAGAACAUCAAAGCCGUCAUUUUGGACAUGUUUAUUGCGGGUAGUGAUACAUCUUCUACACCAAUAGAAUGGGCAAUGUCAGAAAUGAUGAAAAAUCCAGAAGUGAUGGAAAAGGCACAAGCAGAGGUGAGACGAGUCUUCGAAGCAAAAGGGAACGUCGAUGAAGCAAGUCUCAAUGAACUCAACUACUUAAAAUUGGUUAUAAAAGAAACUCUGAGACUACAUCCUCCUGUUCCAUUGUUAGUUCCAAGAGAAUGCAAAGAACACUGCGUCAUUAACGGAUAUGAUGUACCUGAAAAGACUAGAAUUAUUGUGAAUGCUUGGUCAAUCGGAAGAAAUCCCGAAUAUUGGACUGAACCUGAGAAAUUUUUUCCAGAGAGAUUUUUAGAUAGUUCAAUUGAUUACAAAGGUGCUAACUUUGAAUUUAUCCCAUUCGGUGCUGGCAGAAGAAUGUGUCCUGGAAUAUCAUUCGGCAUGGCUAAUGUCGAACUUCCACUUGCACACUUACUAUAUCAUUUUGAUUGGAAACUUCAAUCUGGAAUAAACCCAGAAAACCUUGAUAUGACAGAAUCAUUCAGCGUUACAGUCAAAAGAAGUAAUGCUCUAAAUGUAAUUCCCAUCCCUUACAUUCCUUCCCGUGUAAUGUAAAAUCUUUAUUUUUAAAUGCUUUCCUUUUUAUGAAUAAAUAUUCCCAUAUAUAAAUAUGAUUGAUUA